GCACUGAUAAUCUUUUGUGUUUAUUUGUAAUUUAUUUGUGAUUAAUUGUGGGAGUUGCAUUUAAUGACAACAAUCAGUGUAAAUAUUGUAUGUAGUCAUAUAAACAUAUUGUCGCAAACAUAUGUAAAUAUAAGUCAAGAGCAAAGUUUGGAAUUUCUUCGGUUGGCUGUAGAUAAGGAACAUCAACACUAUUUCGUCGAAUGAGGUCCGUAUCAAGGAGAAAUUUUCCACUUUUGUAAUAGUAUCAGUGCCAGACACUAUUUUACAUUUAGUCAUCGAUCUCAACUUCCCUUGUUAUGUCAAAAGUAAGACGUUGCAAAUAAUAUAGUAAAGUGAUUUGCCACUGUUGGACUGCGCGUACCUGCACAAAACGAAUUUCAGUACAAUAUUUGCUAUACAUAAGAAAUAAUAAGAAAGGAAUCGAUGGAAGAUAUUACUCCUUUAACAAAUCUUCAACAGUUUUAAAUACAUAAUUUCAUCGUUAUUCGUUACGAUUUUUUACUAAAUCAUUGAUCCAAUUGUUAAGAAGAAAAUGACCGAACGUCAACCUCUCUUGCUACAGUCUGAAGCAACUGGAUCGGAAGAUAGACAACUACCCCGACCAGAUGUUAGGAGCUCGCCUGAAAAUAUAUUAGUGAAUGUGCAAAGUGAUGACAGUUAUGGAAGUUCGAAUGAGAGUUUAGAAAAGUCUACAUACAAUCCAUCUUUGCACCGCACGUUGGAACAUCCGACAUCGAAUUUCGACACUUUAGUGCAUUUACUAAAGGGUAACAUCGGUACGGGCAUCUUAGCUAUGCCAGAUGCGUUCAAAAAUGCUGGUUUAUAUGUGGGACUAUUCGGCACACUUCUUAUGGGCGCAAUUUGUACGCAUUGUAUGCAUAUGUUGGUGAAAUGUUCACACGAACUUUGUCGAAGGCUACAGCAACCAUCUCUCAGUUUUUCGGAGGUUGCGUUUUGUUCGUUUGAAACAGGGCCCAGCGGCUUGCGACGCUAUUCACACGUUGCGCGACGUAUGAUAACGACAUUCCUGUUCAUAACCCAAAUGGGUUUUUGUUGUGUUUAUUUUGUAUUUGUGGCAUUUAAUAUCAAAGAAGUGGUUGAUCACUAUUUUCCACAUAAUUAUAUAAGCGUUAAAGUCUAUCUAACACUUAUUUUGCUGCCAAUGAUACCAUUAAAUCUUGUGCGUAAUCUCAAAUACUUAACACCGGUAUCCUUAGCCGCAGCAGUGCUUACCAUAUUAGGAUUGGCUUUCUCGUUUUUCUAUAUUUUACAAGAUUUACCUGCUACGAACACUGUUAAGCCGGUAGCGACUUGGGCACAGUUACCAUUGUAUUUUGGUACAGCUAUAUAUGCCUUUGAAGGAAUUGGUGUUAUUUUGCCAUUGGAAAAUAAUAUGAAAAGACCUGAAGAUUUUGGUGGUUCAACGGGUGUACUGAAUACUGGAAUGACUAUUGUGGCAUGUUUGUAUACGACUGUUGGCUUUUUUGGCUAUUUGAAAUAUGGAGAAAAUGUAAAAGGCAGUAUUACACUAAAUCUGCCACCUGACCAAUUCAUUUCCCAAAUGGUGCGAAUAGCCAUGGCCGUGGCAAUUUUUCUGUCAUAUACUCUACAAUUCUAUGUGCCUGUCAAUAUUGUUGAACCUUUUGUCCGCAAUCAAUGCGAAGAGCAACGCACAAAAGAAUUAGCCUCAACUGCACUUCGGGUUACAUUGGUUGUAUUCACGUUUUUGCUAGCUGUUUGCAUACCUAAUUUGGGCCCAAUAAUCUCAUUGGUGGGCGCUGUAAGUAGCUCUGCAUUGGCGCUCAUCGCACCACCAAUUAUUGAAAUAAUCACAUUCUAUCCCAUCGGUUUGGGCAAGUAUAAUUGGGUGUUAUGGAAAGAUAUUGCAAUUUUGCUAUUUGGCUUAUGUGGCUUUUUCUUUGGCACUUACGCAAGUUUAGACCAAAUUCUCAAUCCUGGUAUUAAUUAGUAAAUUAGUUUUAAGACUAAAAAGUAAAAACAUUUUUAAAUGAAUCUUUGUGGAAGCUGAAAGAGUAUAUCAAUAUAUAUACCUAAACUGUUGUCGUAAAUUAAAGGGGCGUAAUAACCAAAUAUAAAAAGUGUAUAAAUUCUCGUGCAUAUGCUUUGAAUUGUCUAGAUUUUGUGCUGUGAAGUGCUAUUUUUAUAAUUAAAAUAUUUUAUUUACUUACAUACAUAGUAGCUAUGACAUACUACUCAUUUUCAGAAGCAUAAAUUCGAGUAUUGAACGGCGAAAGCACAAAAAUAUGUAUCAGUAUAAAGAAUUUAUUAUUUAAUCGCGUUUUUUUUAACGUUCCGAGUUAAAAUCCCAUUAUUUAAAAAUAAUAUAUUUAUCUUAGGCCGGCUUUUAUGUAUAACUUAUUAUUGUAUAUUUAAUUACUAUCUAAAUUUUUAAGAUAUAUUAAAAUAUCUAAUACACAAUGAACGAAAGAUGUAAAACAAGCUAUCUGAAUUGCUGUUAAAACUACAUAAUGUAAUAUUAAACCAAAAAUUGAAAGUGAAAAAUUGCCGCAAAAAAGGCUAUGUAUAUACCUUGAAGUUUAAUAUUUUUUUAGUCUCAUACUAAAUUUCAAAACAUUUUUUAAGUUUCAAAUUUAUGAUGUAAUAACCUUCCAUUUGUCUUGAAUCGUAUAGAACAAUCUAAUUAGUGCUACUAAUAUAUAGUAUAAUAAUCUCAAGCGCUGCAAUUUUUCAUACUAUUUUCAUACCAAAAAUUUCAAAUAUUUUUUAUACAAAAAAUAGUUUUGUACAUAUGUACAUUUUAUGUGUAUAUCUAUUGCUUGUAUGGAGGCUUGUAUAAGUAAAACGAUUUCGUACAUUUAAAUCAGAAUUUGUUGUGCCGAUAUCUGUGAUAUCUAUGGUAGUUAGUUAUGUCUUGUGCCCGAUUUUUCCGUUCCGUUUUGUUUGUCGAUUGUUUAUUAUUUUUGGCUAACAUCAUUUGUUCCCGCGAAUUCCAAAUUCCGAAGUCCACAUUGGACGCCAGAAAAAUAGUUUUUCUUAUUUGAACUAAUGUUGCGAUUGCAACAUAGCAAUUGAAUGUUAAUUUGUAUGAGUAAUUAUAAACAAAAACUGUCAUACCUACAGUUGUGGUUCUGCCGGCGCCGCGUAGCCAGACAAUAAAUGCGAUUUAUCAGCGUUCUUUCCACUUCAACCGUAUUUUGUAUAAUCCCUUGGAGCCCGGCGUUGUUAUUGUGGCUUAAAUGUAUUGGUUUGUUUUUCAUGUGAUUGUACAUGUGUAUGCGAAUCGACAUAUUGUUGUUGUUGUUUUUUUGUUUUUUUUGUUCAUGCACUGUUUAAAGAAGCUCUCUCAUCCCUUGCUUGCUGCGUUGUAAAACGCGUUUUGUACUUUUUACUUAUAUGUUUUGGUAUAUUUUUCCAUUAAAAAGCCCUUUCUAUCCGAGCAUGUAUAUUUUAACGGCGAGUUUUUAAAGACUUCAGUAUCAUAUUUUGGAGGACCUUCCAUAUUAUCCAUUGUGAUUUAAACGCAGCGUUUGGGAGAAGACAUAGGAUUUUUAAAAUAUUUUCAUUUAAUUAUCUGAAGAAAGCAAUAGCCUCUAAAGUUUGGCGCGCAUUUUUCGCCAAUUUUUUCUCCUCUUUCGUUGUAUUUGUUAGUUAUUAAUCGCUCAAAUCUUGCCAAAUUUCAAUUAUUAUUAACUCAAUAUAAUGGUAGCCUUGUUAUAAUCAUGAUAUAAAAAUUACUAAAUAGAAACAAUGCAUGUUUCGAAUAACUGCUUAUAAUUAUUAGUACAUUAAAACACGCUCAAAGCACAACUUCAGUUACUUUCGUACAAAAAAUAUUACUCCCAUCGUUUAUGUCUUGUAUACGGCAUAUGAUAAAGAAAAUAUUUUUUCUUUAUUAGUUAAUUUA